AUGGAUCAGCUGCCAUCAACCGCAACCUCUAGGAUAAAAUCACCCAAGCUGCCUCAAAAUCCUUCACGUCUCUUACCUCGACAACGUGUUGCUUCAGAUAAUCUUCUUUCUGACUUGACUCCCACCACAACCUUUAAGUCAAUCACGAGUCCAUCCGGCCAACUCAAAGCUAGUAUAGAGGCAGCCUCUCAAAACGACCGCGCAUUUGGUAUACGAGCCGCUGCAACAUCCAAAAAAAUUCAAGAAUGGAUAGUAGAAUUAUCAGGCUGGUCAUGGUCCAAAAAAGAUGGCCCAACAGGAUUCGAACUAUCACCUGAAGGAAAUACUGACGAGGCUUCUCCAGAAAGGGAAAGAGACCAAAUCUACCAGGAAGAUAUGAAUACAAAUUUUAAUACUAUGUCUAAUAACCAAACUGCAAGACUUUCAUCAUACGAAGCUCGUAUCAAUGAUAUACAAUCGGAAUUGGAUAAUCUCAAUGUAGAUGAGAUUAAACGCCACGUCCUUGAUACACAUCUUACGGUUAGAUCGCGUCCCUCCUCAUCUUGCUCCAACGCAAGGCUAAGCAGUAUUACUACGAUAUCGUACAACAAUAUGGAUGACUUCACAGCAAUGGUUACGGCAGUAGUACUACAAACAUUGCCUAAUCUGAGUAAGUUGAUGCGUCUGUUAGAUAUAUGGAGAAUUAGAAUAUUUAUAUUACAAAGUAUUCCAAAGUUAAUGUUAGAUUUUGAAGAAGCAGAAACGGCCCUCAAAAGCGGCUGGAAUGCUAUUGGAAAAUCUUCACGAAUUCACGAAACAGGUAACUUCCGUCAGCCAUUAUCAAGGGAAACUUUCGAUCUAAUCCGAUGCAUAUUACGGGAUAAAAUCUCUAAGAUUGGCAAAAAUCUAGACUUCAUGCUAGAUACCCUUGAAGGCAGACCAGAAACUCUUCCUGGCUCUUGGAUUUUAAGGAUGGAAAUUCUUGAGCGGGGAUAUGGCGAAUGGGUUGUUGUGGGUGAUCGUAAAAUAACCGAGGGAGAAUGGAAUGAGUAUGAAAUAUCACGAAGCAAAAUUACUGAUAGGGAAAAGUUAGAAGAGAAUAAAAAGCAGAUUGUAAUUGCGCAGGAAGAAAAAUCUUUUAGCUGUCAUAUACUUGGAGCUCAGGAUGGUGUCAAAAAUCAUCCACAAAUUAAAAUAUCUGCGGAUGCCCCUCUAGCUCGGCCGUCAUCAUGCACGUUAGACCCAAAAGUAGUUUCCCCUUCGAUAAUCACCGGUAACGAAAUCAGCCAUGAAAUAUUAGAUACAAACAAUGUGGAGCUGAGAGAAAUAUCCAUUGGUUCAGAAAUAUGCGAUAAAACAGACGAUAUUAAUCAACCAACAUCCUAUUUACUCCAAACCCUUCCAAUUAAAGAGAUUGGAGCUGCUCCUGACGAAGAAAAGUCCUCAGUCAGCCAACAAGAUGAUGUUUCUGAAAUAGCUCCAAACGUUAACUUAAGCGCUACGUCUGAGGAGAACCUUCAGUACUCAUCAUCUGAUCAAUAUAGUUCAAAGCUUGACAGCGAAAAUAGUGAAUCCAAAAUAGAUUUGAUUAACGACAGAGAUGUCCCUCAGCUCAAUUCGAACGAGAGUGGCACUAGUUUAAAUUGCAAACAAUUAUGCCAAACUACUACUCCCCCUGCUAAAUUCAGCGAGCAGGUUAACCUAUAUACGAUGACAGAGUGUAUACCGAAUAUCGUAGAAUCUGGUGUCACCGAGUUAAGUAAGAAUUGUUCAACUUAUCGAGCCAAAAGUCCAAAGAAGUAUAAUUUAAACAUCACGACAGGCUCUACCAAACCUAUUUCUUCAUCAAAUUCGUCACCGAGUCUCCCGAUUAGAGAGAAUUCAGAUGAAGAUGAAGCUUUCACGAAAAUAUCAACUCCUGUUCCUUCAAACUAUUGCAGCUCAAGCAAACUCGCAAUCAAAGCAAAUAUUUGCGAUGAUUCGAAAUUUCGCAAGAGCCCUAUUACUUCGGAUUUUGAGGAGGUAAUGACGAAUUGGGCUCGAAUCAAUCAGAAGAGUUUGGAAGCGAGUCAAAACUAUCGUCACUCACCGAUCACCAACAGCACUAUAAAUGGAAUGCCUACUGGCUCGCCGCUUCCUUCGGCUAGCGCUGUUUUCUAUGGCGCUGCAGGCGCGGAAUAUUCCCUUCAAUUCCCUCUUGACGGUAGCACAUGUUAUACUUAUAACACAUUAUUUAUUUCUUCAAUACACUCAGGCCUUGAUAUCUCUACCGUUUGUGAGAUCUCAACCAUGGACCGCGUACUCGAACUAGACCGAGGUUUGCCAGGCAUAUACCUAGUAAAACCACCUCAGCCGGUAAUCUCUAUCAGAUAUCGUGGCGGCAAAAUUUCUUCACACAAGUGUUCUUCCAAUCUAGAUGUUCAGUGUCCCUCUGAGAAUUUAAUUGAUAAACAAACCGUACCAAAAAAUUCUUCAAGCGAAUUCACAUUAAAUAGUUUGACUCUUCAAGGACUAUCAAAUUGUGCAAUCCAUACUCUAGUCACUGGAAAAAUGUCGCCCGUUCCCGAGGAAACUCAUCUCAAGACUCCGAAAUCCACUCAGCUGGAUGGCACUUGUGAAGCUUGCGAUUCUAUUGAUACUGAUACGCAGCAUAGUGUAUUAAAUUUUGGAAAGCAUAUAUUCAAAAGCAACAAAUUUUUAAACCGUACUAGAAACCUUCACGUAUCAAGCUCAAAUCCCUGUCAGCAUUUCACAUGUUCAGAAGAGCCAAUUUCAACGAAAAGUAUGCUUAAUGAGACUGCUCAGCCUUCCGAGAUAUCUCAAGAACCUAAAAAUAUAAAAGAUGAAUCAAAUUUUGACAGUGAGAUAAAAUCACUAAUAAUAACACAUACUGAACAACCCUCAAGUCUUUAUGACACGAGUCCGCCUAAUUCUCCAUUAAUGCGUGCUCAAAGACCUCGAGCAGUUUCGUUCGGCCCAGAUCGAUCUGCAGCUUCUACAGUCUCAGAAGCCCCCACGUUUGCAAAUCUUGAUUUAUCAACUGACAGAGCCACCCCAACUAGGAUUUGCAAACUGAAUACAGACGAAAAGAUUCAACAACAAAUUUCAUCGCUAUUAGAAUCUAUUCCUGCUCGUAUUAUGCUGGAUACUGAGUCUAAUUCUUCACGUUUUAAUUCCGAAGUUUUGCUUCCAAGAAAAACUCGAAAAUCAACUAUCCUUUCCUCACGUUCGAUCUCAAAUUUAAAUAAUACCAGUUCCCACGCUCGAUCCACAACACCAUCUUUUACCCUAGCUCCGGCAUACGCUAAAGGGAAUUCACGACCAAGGCACCAAAAUAGCAAUUCAGAAAUAAGAGUCUACCAUCUAUCUCGCUCUGAUGGUGGGAUACCUAUUAAGCUCCUUGUUCGACUUGUUGGUGAGCGUGGUGAGCGGGUAAUGGUUCGCGUCGGGGGUGGAUGGGCAGAUCUAGGUGAAUACCUAAAAGAAUAUGCGUCACAUCAUGGUCGUCGCAACGUAACAGAUACGGUCAAGAUCCAUGAUAUUCCACCGAGAGCUAUAUCUUCAGGUUCAAUAACAUCUAUCUCCAAUAUUCAAGCGACUCUGCGCUCUCAGUUACAGCCAAAACCAAAAAACUUCGCAGAUCAGUUAGGAAGAGGAGGGUCUAAUGUCACUAAAAGUCGGAACUUGGGGUUGAAAAAUACCUCAGAGUGCUCUGAGAGUCAGACUUCCAUUAGUAAAAUCCAGUGCCCCAGUACACCUAUUCCUUCAAUCAAACAUACUCCUUGGGACACGCCACCUUCCGCUGCUAGCUCUAGUGGAACGAUUAUCUCUACAGUUAGUGGGAGAAGUUCCCGUAUGAGCUGGGUUGAAGAGGAUUUCAACCUAGGCCUUGCAGGACCAACUGGCAAAAAGAAUACUAUCAGUGAUCAGGAUCAUGAGUGGGUUGAGAGUAUGAAGGAAAAGGUCCGCUUGGCCAGUGCAGAAAAAGAUAAGAAGAAUCGUGAACGAGUUAAGCGAGGAGAAAGGGAGAGGAGCCGUGGCCUUAGUAUUGGGGAGAGUGACAAGUACAGUAGUUCAACUUUGUCCAAAAAGGGAUACCCAUCUAUUUAA